GUCUGCAKCCUGCGGCCGUGCGCGACGCGCUCGGGUCACCGGCCUUUAGGGCCCCCACGACACGGGGGUGCGAGUGGCGCGGGUGCGCAGCGGCCCCGGGUCCUGCCUCAUGCCGCGUUCGCCCUUGGCCGUGGUUUGGGCUGGGGCGCAGGCGGCGAGCGGAGCCGCCUCUUGGGAGGUUGAGGAGGCCACAUGUACUGGAAGUUCAGCCAGCCUUGGCGAUCGCUGGGAAGGCACRCGGCCUGCUGGCUUACGGCAGCUCAGAAGCGCCUGAUUUGUUGGAGGGAACACAGAGGACUGUUCUASAUAAUGUUGACAUUAAUCCUCAGUAAUACUGACUGAGUAAACUCAAAAGUCCUUUUUAAAAGACCUGCAUAAGUAAAUGCCUUCACACCACCCACACACCCCAGGAGAGCAGCCUUCCCCCCACUCCCUGCCUCUGCUACAGUAGCAGCAACAUCCAUUUUUCUUCCAUUAUAGUUAAAGAUGUUGUUGUCACAGCUGAAGGUGACGCUUUGAAGUUUCAUGAUCCUUCUCAAGAUCUGGAAUAAGAUCUGGUGAUAUCCGGAAUAGCAGCUGAGGAUGUGGUAGUGCCCCCAAAUCAAUAGUGGGGUGAAGAGAUGCUUUUGACAGGAGGCUUGAAAUCUCUCCUUCCCCAUGUGCUAAGAAGAAUAAUUCGAUGCAACAGACUCAGUAUUAGUAAUACUUCUGGAAUGGCAGAAGGUUAUGAACAGGCCAACGUUGUGAUUUUGCACAAGUCCCUGGCUGAUGACUUUGAGAAGUUCUGCCAUGCAAAUGAUGGACCCCUGCCACUGCUGUACAGAAGUCAACCUGGUGAUUGGAAAUGUCCUUCCCUGAGUAGUGAUUCUGAUAUCAGAACUGACUGCCUGCAGUACAGAAAAUAUGAGCAUGGAGCUUGUACUGGAUCACUGAAAAGCCUUAAGGAGUAUUCUGAACAACUCAAGGACAUGGUGACCUUUUAUUUAGGCUGCAGCUUCUCUUUUGAAAAAGCAGUCCAAAAAGCUGGCAUUCCCAUAAGAAACGUUGAGCAAAACUGUAAUGUGAGCAUGUACAAAACAUCUGUGCCUUGCCACAGCGUUUCUGUGUUUCACUGCAACUUAGUAGUCACAAUGAGACCUGUUCCUGAAAGCAAGUUGGAAGCAGCUGUGCUAGCAACAUCUGAAWUAAAAGAAGCCCAUGGAGCACCAAUUCACAUAGGUGACCCUGGUCUGCUGGGAAUACAAGAUCUUUCUAAACCAGACUACGGAGAUCCAGUUCACCUUCACCCUGGUGAUAUUCCAGUGUUUUGGGCCUGUGGAGUAACAGGAGUAGAAGCAGUCAUGAACUGCAGAGCUCCAUUAGCUUUUACUCAUUCUCCUGGCUGCAUGUUUGUUACCGACCUAAAGAAUGACAAUGUCAGAUCCUUAGAAGGAGGCCCACAGGUCCACUGCAUCUCUCAAGAUCCUCUGCAUUUCAGCAUUGUGUCAGCAGAAGCAGCCCAAAAGAUAAAUACUCUAGAGACCCUAAUUGGAAUAGAUCCAGGAGACAGGGGUAUAAUGCACCUGCAGCACCAGGGUGAGCUGCUGAGGGCCUGCCUGGCCAUGUCCCACGCUGGAUCCGUGCUGAUAACAACCGGAUUUCCCACCCACUUCACUCACGAGCCACCCGAAGAGAACGACGGGCCCCCGGGAGCCCUUGCUAUUGCAGCUAUGCUGCAGGCCUUGGAGAAAGAGGUUGCCAUAGUUACAGAUCAGAGAGCCAUGGAUCUGAAUAAAAAGAUUAUUGAAGAAGCUGUUCAACUAGGAAUCCUGAGGAAGCCUGUCCCUCUGUUGAGCUACCAAAGGGAAAGUGCUGAUUCAGCUUUAAUGUUUUUGUGUGAGAAUGGGAAUCCUAGAAGACCUAGAUUUGAUCACCUGAUAGCAAUAGAGCGUGCUGGGAUGGCUGCUGAUGGCAAUUACUACAAUGCCAGGAAAGUUAACAUUAAACAUCUCGUGGAUCCCAUAGAUGAGCUAUUUUUAGCUGCGCAAACUAUUCCAGGAGUCACAACAACAGGUGUUGGAGAUGGAGGAAAUGAAUUAGGAAUGGGCAAAGUAAAAGAUGCUGUCAAGAAGCACAUAAAAAAUGGAGAUGUUAUAGCUUGUGAUGUUGAAGCUGAUUUUACUGUUGUAGCUGGGGUCUCUAACUGGGGUGGCUACGCCAUAGCCUGUGCUCUGUAUGUUCUGCGCUGCUGUGAGAUCCACGAUCGCUACCUGCGCAGAGCUGUCGGGUUCCCAGGGGCACCCAGCAAGAGGCUCUGUUGGGCACUUCCGUCUGUCACCAAGGAAGAAAAGCUUCUGAAAACACUUGUGCAGCUCGGGGUCCGCAGUGGCAAAACUGCCAGUCUAGAGAUGGAAGUGGAUGGGCUGCCCUUCUACAACACCCAUUCGCUUAUGAUUGAAAAGCUGCUGCAAGAAGCACAGCACUGAUUACCCUUCAUGAUUUCUGCAUCAAGAGUUGUCCCAUGUCAUUUCCUUAUUCUCGAGACUCUCACAAAGUGUARAAGAUCAGAAAAAGAUGGCUUUUGAUCUCUGGUGUCUUGACCACAUACAGCCUUUCAUUGUUACYCUUACAACAUCUCUGUGAAGCAAGAAGAGGAUAUAUCAUCACAAUGACUUGGUCUACCUGUCUGUAAUUUUAUAGUGGAGCAUGAAUAUUAAAUGAUAUUAUAUAAUAAGAGGUGAUCUGGCUUUUACAAAGAAAGCAUGCAAUUACAAUGAAAUAUUAUUGCACUGCUGUUCUUGUUUUACUAACCUCAUAUCUGCAACAGGAAGUAACUCUCAUAGCAACUUGGAUUUAAAAAUACUUGUGGUGAGGAAAACAGCUACAGUAGAGAGGGGAAGCUCAAAACAAAACUAAGUGUUACAGUAGUGAGAGCUCCAUUGCCCAUUUCCUGUAGCCCCUCUAAAACUGUGAGGACAGAAAAUUUCAACUGAGCUAAUGAAAAUUAGGGCAGUGUUGCAGACCUUCCAGGUGAAGGGUAGGCUAUGCCACUGACCUCUGUCUUAUUAGUAUUUUGCCACUUUYGGGGUAAUAGAGAAAUGUUGUAAACUUUUCAGAGUAUUCUGUUGUUAGGAAUAAAUUAAUUAAAUACAUUAAUAAUGACUAAAAUUAAUUAUUAUAAAUGAAAGAACGAUUAGAAUUGAAUGAACAUUUGCAUUCAGUAUGAAUAACAUUAUGUGAAUUAACAUUUMUAUUAAUUCCUAUUAUAGAAAUUCAGCUCCCAGU